AUGAACGAAGCCACCACCAAAGACUUGAAGGAUAAUCUGACUAGGUUUGCCCAUAAUGUCGACUUUUCGCCCAUCUUCUUUGGCUUUGGCCAAAAACUUGGUUCUGUUGCCGACGGAUUUGAUAUCGAAAAAGAGCUGUACCUUUUCUUGGGACGCGAGUGUAAAAUGUGCGUGGAUCACAGGUCAUACGAAAGGCUUGCGAUGAUCUGCUCGGUCCUGGCCGGGUGUUUCUCUGGUGGCCUACAACGCCCUGUACGCGAUGGAACGAGCAAUACAGAUAAUACGACCAACUAUACGGGACUUCUGAAGGAGAAAGGAGAUAAGGAGAUAACGGUUCCUACGUAUAGCGCGGUUCAAGAGAGGGAAAAUCCGCCUGUAUGGUUAGUGUCAGCUCAUUAUGGUGCCGUGGUGGGGUAUGGCUCGGCCACGACAAAGAAGGCAGCAAAGAACCUGGCAUCGAAGAAGGUCUGGCUUGCGCUGGGUGAGAAAGAGGUGACCAAGAGACUUUAG